AUGGCCACAGCAACCCCUGUCCCCUCUAGUCCCGCCCCCUGCUGUCUUCAGCCACUGCGCUCAGGAAUCUUUUUGAGACAACCUCGGCACAAUAAAUGUCCCAAAACUUGUGAGAGCAUCAUUUUCAGAUUUGUACAUGAUGAACGAUGCUUCAUCCUGUUUGUGGCCAGAGUGUCCGCAUGUCUACAUUCCUGCUCCCGCUCGUUCCUGCUCCUGCCUCCGCACCCCAGCUUCGGAUCCACCAAAAACUUCCUCCAUCUGAACCUGGUCCCAUCUGUGAGUCCCUCAGGAGUGACUGGUCUUUGGGACAUCCAUAUAAUUUUGCAAAAGAGUCAGUGGAGCAGCAGGGUCCAGAGGUCUCCAGUGGUCAGCACCAUCAGACACAGCAGAUCCGGCAGUGACUGCAUUUGUAUAGUUGUAUAUGUAUUUGUAUAUGUUUAUAAUGUGUUUUUUCAGGUUCCAGAGGAGGACAUCUUGACUUUUGUCCAGAAGGAGCUGAAGAAGCUCCAAAAGGUUUUGAGUACAGAUUAUACAGAAUGCUUAGAGCCAGAGGAGGAUGAGGAUGAAGAGCAGAGGAGCAGCAGUGAGGCUGUUCUGAAGAUCACACUGAACUUCUUGAGCAGGAUGAAAAAGAAGGAGGUGGCUGAGCGUCUAAGCAGCAGGAUUUAUUCUGGAGUUUAUCGCCAAAAACUGAAGUCUAACCUGCAGCAGAAGUUUGAGUGUGUGUUUGAGGGCAUCGCUAAAGCAGGAAACCCCACCCUUCUGAAUCAGAUCUACACAGAGCUCUACAUCACAGAGGGAGGGUCUUCAGAGGUCAACCAGGAACAUGAGGUCAGACACAUGGAAACAGCCUCCAGGAAACCAGACCCAGCAGAGACACCCAUCACAUGUGAAGACAUGUUUAAAGGCCCAGCUCACACACAUGGACCAAUCAGAACAGUGCUGACAAAGGGAGUGGCUGGCAUCGGGAAAACAGUGCUCACUCAGAAGUUCAGUCUGGACUGGGCUGAAGGCAAAGCCAACCAGGACAUACAGCUGCUGUUCCCGUUCACUUUCAGAGCACUCAAUGUGCUGAAGGAGAGAAGCUUCAGCUUGGUGACACUUGUUCAUCACUUCUUUAGUCAAACACAAACAGAACUCUGCAGCUUUGAACACCUCCAGGUGCUCUUCAUCUUUGACGGUCUGGACGAGUGCAGACUUCCUCUGGACUUCACCAAAACCAAGGCCCUGACCGACCCCACAGAGUCCACCUCACUGCACGUGCUGCUGGUAAACCUCAUCAGGGGGAGUCUGCUUCCCUCCGCUCGCCUCUGGAUAACCACACGACCUGCUGCGGCCAAUCAGAUCCCUGCUGAGUGCGUCUCCAUGGUGACAGAGGUCAGAGGGUUCACCGACCCACAGAAGGAGCAGUACUUCAGGAAGAGGUUCAGAGACGAGGCCGACACAAUCAUCUCCCACAUCAAGACGUCCAGAAGCCUCCACAUCAUGUGCUACAUGCCAAUCUUCUGCUGGAUCGCUGCCACAGUCCUGGAGCAUGUGUUGAAAAGCAGAGAGAGAGGAGAGCUGCCCACGACCCUGACUCAGAUGUACAUCCACUUUCUGGUGGUUCAAGCCAAAGUCAAAAACAUCAAGUAUGAAGGAGGAUCUGAGACAGACCCACACUGGACUGCAGAGACCAGGCAGAUGGUGGAGUCUCUGGGAAAACUGGCCUUUGAGCAGCUGCAGAAAGGAAACCUGAUCUUCUACGAGUGUGACCUGAGGGAGUGUGGACUGGACGCUGCAGCGGCCUCAGUGUACUCUGGAGUGUUCACACAGGUCUUUAGAGAGGAGCCAGGCCUGUACCAGGACAAGGUCUACUGCUUCAUCCAUCUGAGUGUGCAGGAGUUUUUGGCUGCUCUUCAUGUUCAUCAAACCUUCAUCAACACUAGGAUCAACCUCCUCUCAGAGAAAACACAGAAGUCUACAACGUUCAGUGGGGGAAAAAAUCUAUCGGACCUUCACCAGACAGCUGUGGACCGGGCCUUACAGAGUCCAAAUGGACACCUGGACCUGCUCCUCCGCUUUCUCUUGGGUCUUUCACUGUCGACCAAUCAGAGCCUUCUACAUGGUCUGCUGUUCCAAACAGGAAGUAGCUCCCAGAACAAUCAGGAGACAGCUGAUUACAUCAAGAAGAAGCUGAGUGAGGAUGUGUCUGCAGAGAGGAGCAUCAGCCUGCUCCACUGUCUCAAUGAACUGAAUGACCGUUCUCUGGUGGAGCAGAUCCAACAGUACCUGAGUUCAGGACGUCUGUCUGAAGGUGGACUGUCUCCUGCUGAGUGGUCAGCUCUGGCCUUCAUCUUACUGUCAUCAGAAAAAGAUCUGGACCAGUUUGAGCUGAAGAAAUACUCUGCUUCAGAGGAGGCUCUCCUGAGGCUGCUGCCAGUGGUCAAGGCCUCCAACAAAGCUCUACUGAGCAGCUGUAACCUGUCAGAGAGAAGCUGUGAAGCUCUGUCCUCAGUCCUCAGCUCCCAGUCCUCUAGUCUGAGAGUCCUAGAUCUCAGUCUCAACGACUUGAAGGACUCAGGGCUGGAGAUGUUGUCUGUUGGUCUGAAGAGUCCUCACUGUAAACUGGAACAGCUCAGUCUGUCCCUCUGUGGACUGUCCCCUCACAGCUGUGGGCCUCUGGCCUCAGUCCUCAGCUCCUCCAGUCUCACACACCUGGAUCUCAGUCACAACGACCUCCAGGACUCAGGAGUGGAGCUGCUGUGUUCUGGACUGAAGAGCGUCCCCUGCAGACUGGAGACGCUCAGGCUGUCUGGAUGUCUGGUCUCACAGAGGGGCGGGGCUGCUCUGGCCUCAGCUCUGAGCUCCGCCCCCUCCCACCUGAGAGAGUUAGACCUGAGCUACAACCAUCCAGGACCCUCAGCCGAGCUCCUGACCACUCUACAGGACCAGCGCCCCCUGCUGUCUGUCAGACUGGACCAUGCUGGAGCUCAGUGGUUAACACCAGGACUCAGAAAGUAUUUCUGUGAUCUCACUCUGGAUCCAAACACAGCUCACAGAAAACUCAAACUGUCUGACAACAACAAGAAGGUGACACAUGUGAGAGAGGAGCAGCCGUAUCCAGAUCAUCAGGACAGAUUUGACUACUGGCUUCAGAUUCUGUGUUCCACUGGUCUGACUGGUCGCUGUUACUGGGAGGUCCAGUGGAGUGGAAGGAUUGAGAUAUCAGUGUCUUACAGAGGAAUCAGAAGGAAAGAACGCAGUCAUGUCAGUUUGUUUGGAGGCAAUGAUCAGUCCUGGAGCCUGCGCUGUUCUGAAGAUGGUUUCUCUGUUCGUCAUAAUAACAAUCAAACUUUCCUUCCUCAGCCCUGGUCCUCCUCUUUUGAGAGAGUUGCAGUGUUUGUGGACUGUCCUGCUGGCUCUCUGUCCUUCUAUACAGUCUCCUCUGACCAACUGACCCACCUCCACACCUUCAACACCACAUUCACUCACACUCUGAUCCCAGGGUUUUGGCUCCAUUAUGGUUCCUCAGUGUCUCUGUGUCCGACAGACUCACCCUCCUCUGUGUAAAAUACAACAGUCAAAUCUGUAGAAAAAUCACUUUGUAAAUGUUGAUUUUAUUUUGACUUCAUUUGACCAGAGAUUUAUUUUAUGUUUUAUUUCCUCUUAAAGACAAACUGCAGACAUCAGCCUCACACUAGUGGUUUAGAUCAUAAUAAUUCAUAAAUGUGGUCUUAUCAACCUUUAUUCAAUUUGGAGAAGCUGACCGCACUGGCACCAAAGAAACUAAACCUCCACAAGCUCCACUGGCUCCCCGUCCCUCAGCGCAUCCACUUCGAAAUCCUUCUUAUCACAUUCAAAUCUCUCCACAACCUGGCCCCUCCUUACCUCACAGACCUGCUCCACCACCACACUCCAUCUCGCUCCCUCCACUCCUCCAGCUCCAACCUCCCGUCCCUGCCCUGUAGGACCAAGCUCCGAACCUGGGGGGACAGAGCCUUCUCCAUCGCUGCCCCCACCCUCUGGAACUCACUACCUAAACCCCUCCGUGACUGCUCUGACCUCCCCACCUUCAAGAAAGAACUCAAAACUCACCUGUUCAAAAUCGCUUUUAAUGCUUGAUUUUAUGUUGUAAAUUUCUGUGAUAUUUUAUUUUGUAUCUACUGUGAAGCGACUUUGAGU